AAGCAAUCUCAUCAGUCUUUACUCAUCACUGUUACAAAUUCGAAAAAUUGAAGAACGUAAUAUGUAAUGCUUAUUAGAAUUUUUUUUUCCAACACAAUCAGGAAAUCCAACAACUAAAAAUAUAUCCUUUAUUUAUGAGAUGAUCUAUAUAACCUCGACAUAACCGGAAAACCAUCAUGUCGGCAUUUAAUUCUAGCGGGCCCGCGGAGAUAUUGAGAGCAGAACAAAAAGACGAGGAACUUUACGAACGGAUCAAUCGACAGCUAUGUGGAUUUCUUCUGAAACUCAAAGGACAUGUCUUUGUAAAUGUAAAUAAAAAGAACAUCUUUUGCACAUCACAAUUACUGUACUAUGCACUUACGACGCUAUCUAAGCUCCAAACACUGGGCGAAGAAUAUACAAAAAUCGUUCAAGUUGGAAAAACUGGAAAACACAUUCCAGGACUCAUGCAAAGCACUGGUAUGAUAUUAGCCCACGUGUUUGGAGACAGACUCAUCAUCCUUGCUUUGGAUCGUUUGAUCUAUUAUGUUCAAUAUAACAAAUCGAUAACGAGUCAAGCCAAAGAUCAAAUUAUACAUAUUGCAACGACCAUCAAAUCUCUUGUUCCAUUGUUGCAAAGUCUUAACAGAGUAUUAUUUUAUUGGGACGGUUCCUUUUAUACGUGGGCCAAACGAUUUUUCUUCAUUAAAUAUAUAUAUGCAAUUCCGUGGUACCAUCCUAAGCGGCCGUUACAUGUGUUUAAAAUUCUGAGUGUGUUGACUGGCAUGCAUUUGAGUGUACUCAUGAUCAUGGCUGUGUUUAAAACCCCAAAAGUACAAAAGAACGUAAAAGAACAUCCUAGUCAGCCAAACCCAAUGAGCAGCAGCAGUAAAUGUUCUCUUUGCUUAGAACCAAGACAAAACACCUCACUUUCGUUUUGUGGACAUCUGUUUUGUUGGUAUUGUAUUCAUGAAUGGCUGCAAACUAAUAACUUUUGUCCAAUAUGCCGUAAAGCUCUAAAUCCUAGAAUGGUGGUACCGUUACAAAAUUUUACUUAGGAAAGCCGUAAACAAAUUUAUUGUACAAUUGCGCAUUCAAUUAGGGAACAGGGAAACAUAAUUGUCCUACUAUUUUUAUUGAUCAGUAAAUUAUUAUUGUAUUUGACAAGACAUUUUUAUAUAAUCUAAAAAAAAUAACUUAUUGUCAAACUUAUUUUGAUUAGGUACUCAGCAGAUAAUCAAAUUAUUUUUUAAUUGGUAUUUUUAUUGAUGGUUUAUUUUUAUAAAAAAAUUACAACAGAUUAA